AUGCAGGGUGAUUUUGUUGUUGUUGGUGGUGGAAUUGCAGGAGUUUCAUGUGCAGAAACUCUUGCUUUUCUACAACCUGAAAAGACUAUUAUUUUAGUAAGUGAAUCAUCACUCAUUAAGACAGUAACUAAUUUACAUGCAAUUACCAAAACAAUAGUAUCAUUUGAUGUUAAAGAAGCUCCUAGUAACUCACUUUGUGAAAAAUACAGUAAUAUUUCAAUAGUACAUGAUACCCUUAAAGAAAUACUUGAUGAUAAGAUGGAAUUGGUCACGAAGAAUGGAGCAAAAAUAAAAUACACAUACUUAUGUCUUUGCAUGGGGGCAGAGCCAAAGCUAAUUGCACAAGCAGAACAGUUUCCUGAUUAUAUUAUUGGUAUAAGAGAUACAGACUCUGUGGAUGUUUUUCUGGAUAAACUAAAACAUUCCAAGAAGAUUCUUGUUGUUGGUAAUGGGGGAAUUGCAUCAGAAAUAGUGUACAAAGUUCAAGAUGUACAAAUCAAUUGGGUUGUUAAAGAUAACCAUAUUUCAGCAACUUUUGUAGAUCCAGGCGCAGCAGAAUUUUUCCAGGACUCUAUACACAGCAAAACACCUAAUGCUGAACCUAUCAGUAAGAGAAUGAGGUAUCAAGAAGAUGAAUUACAUAAAUCUGGAGCAGCUUUAGGUCCUGACUGGUAUAAGAGCCUAGUUUUAUCAGGGAGUUCAGAAAAGCAAGUUACUAUUCAUUAUAAAAGUGAAGUAGCAAAUGUGGCAAAGAUUGACAACAAUGAACACCCUAUAGAAGUAACCCUGACUAAUGGAGAAAAAAUCAUUUGUGACCUAAUUGUGUCUGCCACUGGGGUGACAGCCAGGAGAAAUUUUAAAACAACUGGUAUGCUUCAUUAUUCAGAAGAUGGAGGAGUAAAAGUUGAUGAGUACAUGAGAACCAACCUAACAAAUAUUUAUGCUGCUGGAGAUGUAUGCACUGCAAACUGGCAGUGGGCAAAGCAUUGGUUCCAAAUGAAACUGUGGACUCAAGCAAGACAAAUGGGAGCUUACGCAGCCAAAUCUAUGUCAGGACAUUUAAAUGGAGAGGAAAUUUUGCAAGAUUUCUGCUUUGAGAUUUUUACACAUUCUACAAAACUAUUUGGAUACAAAGUUAUUCUGUUGGGAUUGUAUAAUGGUCAGAAAUUGGGCAACCAAUAUGAAAUUCUUGUAAGGACCACAAAGAGUGUGGAGUACAUCAAAUUUGUUAUUGAAAACCAUAAACUACAGGGAGCUGUUUUAAUUGGUGAUACCGAUUUAGAAGAAAUGUGUGAGAAUUUAAUUUGUAAUCAGAUUGAUUUAGAGCCAUAUGGAGAUGAUAUACUGAAUCCAGAUAUUGAUAUAGAAGAUUAUUUUGAUUGAUUUCAAAAGUAACUCCAAUAGUCUUAAAAAUUAUGUAUUGCUAUUUAUAUUUGUUAAUCAAUAAAUUUAUUGUCUUGAUGAA